UGGACGAAUUCCGUCUUGAAAUACAGAGGAGGGAUCAAGAAAUUUUGGCUAUGGCGGCCAAAAUGAAAACAUUGGAAGAACAACAUCAGGACUACCAACGGCAUAUUGCGGUGUUAAAGGAGUCACUAUGUGCCAAGGAGGAACACUACAAUAUGCUGCAGGCUGAUGUUGAGGAGCUGCGGGCCCGGCUCGAGGAGAAGAAUCGCCUGCUGGAGAAGAAGACUCAGGGCACACUGCAAACGGUGCAGGAACGAAACCGUUUGACGAGCGAAUUGACCGAGCUCAAGGAUCACAUGGAGAUCAAGGAUCGUAAAAUAUGUGUGCUGCAGAGAAAGAUUGAAAAUCUCGAAGAUUUGCUUAAGGAGAAAGACAAUCAGGUGGAUAUGGCCCGGGCCCGUUUGUCGGCAAUGCAAGCUCAUCAUAGCAGUUCUGAGGGCGCUCUCACAAGUCUCGAAGAGGCCAUUGGCGACAAAGAAAAGCAAAUGGCUCAGCUACGAGAACAGCGAGAUCGUGCCGAACACGAAAAACAAGAAGAACGUGAACUGCAUGAGCGUGAAAUUGCCGACUACAAGAUCAAGCUGAGGGCCCUCGAAAGCGAAGUGGAAAAGUUGAACACUCGAUUGGAGCGUGCCGUUACCGAACGUGAACGUUUGGAAAUCAAAUUGGAGGCAUCGCAAAGUGAACUGGGCAAAUCGAAGGCGGAACUCGAAAAGGCCACGUGUGAAAUGGGCCGUAGCAAUGCCGAUUGGGAGACGACAAAACAGCGUAUAGCCCGUUUGGAAUUGGAAAAUGAACGCCUUAAACAUGACUUGGAAAGAUCUCAGAUGCAGCUAGAAGAACAAACCACACUACAUAAA